AUGGCUAGUCUAGAACGGAAAUUCGACGCUGCAACCUCAGCUGGAGAGAUCCCUGGUGUUGUACUUCUUGCCAGUAAUGCCGAUGGAACAUUCAAAUACGAAAAGGCAAUUGGCCCCGCAACCCCAAACUCUCAAAUUGAGCUUGACUCGACCUUUAUCAUGGCAUCAUGCACAAAGCUAGUAACUUCUAUCGCUGGUUUGCGAUGCGUAGAACAAGGACAAAUUGGCCUCGAAGAUGAUUUGUCUUCCAUUUUGACAGAGUUUAGGGGGAUUCAAAUACUUGAGGGUUUUGAAACCGGAACAGAUGGAAAGGAAAUUCCUAUUCUCAAACCAGCUAAGAAUAAGAUCACCUUGAGACAUUUACUUACGCACACAUCGGGAGUCGGCUACGACAGUUACACACCAGAGCUCGUCAGAUUCCGCGCCUCUCAAGGUAUCGACUCUGUUCAUACUCACAAAACCGAUAUGUUAAAGGAUAUCACUCUCCCACUUUUGUUUGAGCCUGGAACAUCCUGGACUUAUGGCUACAGUCUCGAAUGGGUAUCUGUUCUUGUUACUCGUCUCAAUAGCGGCCAAUCAUUGGAAGACUACGCUCAAACCCACAUUUUUAACCCUCUCAAUAUUAAUGAUAUAACAUUCCAUCGCGACCGCAAACCACAUGUUCAAGAAAAGCUCGUGAAAAUGACCUUUCGCAGUGGAUUAGACAAUCCCAAACCAAUCCUAGCAUUUCCAGGCAAAGGCAACGACAAAGUAGAAUGGACUGAUGAAAAUCUAUACAUCAUUGAGCAAAAAGACUGUUUUGGGGGCCAGGGACUUGCCGGUUCCGCAAGUUCUUAUCUCAAAAUCCUAACAUCUCUUCUGCGCGAUGAUGAAAUUUUACUCAAGAAAUCUACCACAACGGAAAUGUUCAAACCGCAAAUUUCGGAAGAAGCGGUAGAGAAUUUGCGUGCCAGUUUCGUGUGCGCAGACUUCUUCCAGGGGAUGUUUUCUAGUCAACCACCGGGACGAAAAUUGAACUUUGGAUUGGGUGGAUUACUCAUAGAAGAAGAUAUCGAGGGCGGCAAGAAGAAGGGUACCUUGACUUGGAGUGGUAUGCCGAAUUUGUUGUGGAGUAUCGAUAAAGAGUCGGGAUUGGCUUGUUUCUAUGCCAGCAACGUAUUGCCUUUUGGGGAUCCAAAGAGUCAUGAGAUGCAACAGCUGUUUGAGAAAGAGAUGUAUAAGAGAUUUGGCGAGUUUCAAAAGACGUUGAAGUGA